AGCACAAGGGCAGGACCGUUUCCCGGAGCUGCCCGAAGCAGCUAGCUCUCCUUCGUAACCGUUUCUCGUUUGGUUAUCGCACCGAAGAGAGAGAGAGAGAGAGUCCCCUCGUAGCAUUUGCUAUCGCGGUCCCUCCCCAGCCUCAGCUGGAAAUCUGAGUCCGAAUCGGAAGACAAGAGCUCUGAGAGAGAGGCAGCCGGAGCCGCGGAGAAAGUGACGGACGGAGCCGGAGCCCGAUCACCGGGAUUUUACGUCGCAUCAGUUUAGGAUCUUUCAGGCAGCUGCUUUGGCCCGGGUUUGGUUUCUUCCAGGCUACCUUGACAGCAUAUUGCUCAGAAAACAUUUCUAACAUCCGCGUGAUAUAUUUCCCUUGAGGUCGUCUAUAGUGAGCAAGCGGACCACUUUAAGCCCAUGCGUAACAGCGGUGGAUGUUGGAAUACUGCGUAGCAGUUCAUCCUUCCAGGCUUUUGCGUGCCAUUUCUUUUGUCAUUUGGAGGUAUCUAUAAGUGAAAAGAAGAGAAACCAGGACCUGUUUACUUUGUCCCGAAGGAUAAACGUUGAAUACCCGAAGCGCACUUGGUGCGCAAUCCCUCCGCGGACGCUCCUGAAAUUACCGACCUGCGCUUUUGUACUCGACAAAAAUUGACGACUGAGUCGAGAGAAAAAGGCAAAGCUUAUUAACUUUGCAUGCUAGAGGGGAGAGUGUGGAAUCUAAUUCUCGGGGUUACCGGUAUAUUUGCAUACCAUCGGAAGAAGAGGAUAAACUUAAUCAACAUUUGACAUCGACAGAGCGUCUGCUGGAUUUUGGAGAACGGAAUGAAUCCUUUCUAAUUGAGACCACAGAGGCACGAGGCAGAUUGCUCAGUGAAUGCUACAAUCUGCAUGGAGUUCUAGUCUGCACUACGGAGCAAUUUAUGGUUGGCCGCAUAACUCCCCCGACUGUCGUACUGUGCCCACCUCGCCAUGCUGGCCUGUCUGCAGAGGAGGCAAAACCCUCCACCCCAGCACCCGCUGUGUGCCAGCAAGACUCUGGAGCCUCUGCAAGCCCUUGGACGGAAAUGUGAGCUUGUGGUGCCCACACAUUCCCCGCGCUACCCCACUGCGGCAGAACUUGAUGCCUUUGCUCAGAAGACGGCCAACAACCCUCUGUCCAUCAAGAUCUUCCCCACCAACAUCAGGGUUCCCCAGCACAAGCACCUUAAUCGGACUGUGAAUGGAUACGACACCACAGGGCAACGCUAUACUCCUUAUCCACAUAUCCACACAGGGGGCCAUAACGGGCUGCUGGCCAUUAUCAAGUCUUCCUCAUCCUCAUCAACAGCCACCUUUGUCCCUUCAAAAGGUGUUCUCAAGAACUCUGAAGGUAGACGGACUAAGCUCUCUCCAGCCCAUAUAGCUGUUGCCCCAUACCCGCCCCCUAAUAGUAGCACUUUAGCAAGCGGCCAUGGCCAAAUGGUAUACCACACUGGGCCCUCAAAGCCCCCAGAGGGCCCCGUACUAUCGGUUCCCCCAAAUGUGACUGUAGCUGGCUCAGUGAUUCCUGUGACAGGUGGCCGAGGCCUGGCCCUGCCUGCACAGUCAAACCUCCCUUCUAUCCAGAGCAUCAUCUACCAGAUAAACCAGCAUUGCCAGGCCCAGGCUCUGCAGCAGGUGUGCCAAGGGGCCGCCACCGCACCAUCAAAUUCCAGCCCCUCCAAGCAGGGCACAACUGUCAUGGGGGUGUCUUCUAGCUCCUCAGGUGGAGGAUACGUGGUCGGAAUGGGUCCCCAGGCUAAUAUGGUAUACACCGGGCCUGGGCUGCCGGCUCAAAAUGCUGAGGCUUUGAAGCCUGGAGUGUACACAGAUGGUAUGGACUACAUCCUUUGGCAGAAGCAGCAACAACAGCAGCAGCAGCAGCAGCAUCAUCAUCAUCAACAGGCUGUGCUACGCAUGUACAGCGGAGGUAGUGGAGGAGGGGGCGCCAUCAGCAAGUCCCCAGAAACCUGUGUUCCAGGGGGACUUGUGGCGGCACAAGUGUCCUCCUCGUCCUCCAGACCUUACCACCUGACAGUGAGUGCCAGCGGAGGAGGUGGAAUGGACAAAGUCAGCUCUUCCCCUUUGAACUGUGUGGGUAUGCAUGGAAAUUUCUCAGUGGGUCAAUAUUUUGCCCCUCCAUGGAACAGUGUGCUGGUGACACCUGACAGUGACUGCUACAACCCCCAGGAGCUGUUGGCCACCUCUACCGGAGGACCGGUCACAGGGCACAGAGAGAUGGGCUACCCCCAUCACCACUACCACCACCAUCAUCAUCACCCUGCUGUAGACAGCGGGGGAGGUAUGUGCUGCAGCCUGCCAAGCAAGAGCCUGUGCAACACAUCAGUGCUGAGCAGCAGCUUGCAGUCUCUGGAGUACCUGAUCAACGACAUCCACCCCCCCUGCAUCAAGGAGCAGAUGCUUGGCAAAGGCUACGAGACUGUGUCUGUGCCACGUCUGUUAGACCACCAGCAUGCACACAUCCGCCUCCCUGUUUACAGAUAGAGUGGGAAGAAGAGAAGAGAAUCAGGAGCUGGGAUUCGGUGAAGAAAAUCAAAGUUAAAGAACAAAUGUGCUUUUUUUUCUAGGUACAUUUUGCUGAAAGUGGCAAUGCUUUAACUAGUGUGGGAGCUUAGAGAAAGACAGUUUUCUGUGCUGUGUGACCUUUAGUUUGGCGGUUUCAAGGCAGGCUGUGGGAAUCCCAAAUACGAAAGGUGGUAGUGCUUGCCAAUGGGAAAGAAAAAGGGAUUUCAAGAUUCUACAGAUGUUCAAUUGUGUGGUUUGCCAAUAGGAAUUUUGAAUUAAUACAUUUCUUUCUUCAGUUCUUUUGUUGUUUUUAAUCGCCUGAACUUUUUGAUUAGAAUCAUAGCUUGACAUGAAGUCCACACGGCACUUCUAUCCCCUUCCAAAUGCUAAGGCUGAAGCUACUGUGUAGGUUGUCACUGAAAGGGUCUUAAAGGGCCAAAGCUUAGGGCUGCUUUCAAAAUCAAAAUCUAUGUAAGAGUACACAUAUAAACACACCUAGACAAACGCAUACAGAGAUGCGAUGUACUGAUACACGAGGAGACAAAAAUUAUACUUGGGUGUAUGUACAAGGAUCAUAGGGUUGAAUUAAAAGAAUAGUAUAAUAUUAGUAGUUAUUGCUGUUAUAAUUGAUACAGAAAUUGCACUGCUUGAAUCUUGUUAACUUUGAAGUUUGGAAUUGGGUAGUUUGGAUAUGAUAUAUUUAAGAAACUUGAAAAACUUGAACCUAUUUUUUGUUUUAUAUAUUUGUAGGUAUAUUUUAUGCAUUGGCUGCUAUGGGGAAAAGUGUCUCGAUUGCUUUUUUAAAAAUUAUUUAAUUAUUUUCUUUUUUUUGUUAUUUUGAUUUGAUUCCUCCUCAAGCUAAUGUGCAGUUUCCAAUGUCCUGGUGUGAGGCAUAGUCGCUGCGUUGGUUCUGGGUUCUAAGAACCUGGUCACAGAGCUCUUUUUCCUAACCAACACUGGAAUCUAGAAUACAUCUUGAAAUAAUUAUUUAAAAAAGAAAAUGUCGCAAAAAAAAGAACAUGAUAAAGAAAUGUUACAAUGAAGAAUGUGAUUGGAAGGUUAUCAAUAACCUUACGUGUAUGUUUAUGCGUGUGGCUGAGUGCAUGCACGCAUUUUAGUUUGUGUUUUUCAAAAUCCUCAGACUUUUUUUUUCUUUUUCUCAAUGGUUUUCUACCACCAAGACUGAAACACUGAUUCCCCAGUCUUGUAAACAUAUCUGUGAAAUAAGGAAGAGCUAUUUUGAAGAUCUAGCUCCCUUUUAUCAGACGCUUUAGAUAUUCUCUCGAGCUAGAGCAGAAAGUAAGAUCUGACAUGACUCUGUUCUAGAUGUAGUUGCAGUGCAGCAUCCCCAACAUCUGCCAAAUGUUUAUCAUCAUGACAGAAAGCUGUGGGAACAAAUCAAACUUCUGUUAGGGGGUACAAGUCACCCCUGAUCCUGCAAACAAAUGCAAUAUGGAAACAAUCAAGCUCAGGCCUGUGGCAUCAGAUGAAAUGAGACAAGGUACACUGCUUUCCCUCGUCUGUUUCUGCCCCUGGUCGGGACACAUUUAGCCCGGGCCAGUCUCUACUUGAUGAGUCAGAGCAGUGAAAUAUUUAUUAUGACUGUGAGAUUCCCUUGAAUGUACUGCACUUAAAUUACUGCAAUGUUUUAUUGCCUUUGAGUGAAAGAGAAAAAUUGGAUCAGUGCAGCAGUCCUCUGGUCCUAAAUUAGCAUUUCUUUUGUCUGUCAAACUUCAAUGGUAAAUUGAAUUUAGUAACUGGAGAGAGGGAGUCACAGCUUUGUUAUGGGGAAAAACUGGCAUCAGUCUAGAUUUAUAAAGUGCAAUUAUUAUGACUGUAUUAACAUUUUUCUCUGAGCUUACACCAAAAAAAUGUAAACUACAGUUGUCAAUACAUUCCCAAUGUACCACAUCCCCAAUCCCUAUCCCUUUUUGUUUUGCGGUGUAAAAUAAAUUUCUUUAAGAAUAUAUUCAGAAGCCACAUCUUGGCUUUGAAGUCUGUCAUUAUUGUUUAAUUUAUGUCCUCUAGUCGUCAGUGGUAGAUUUGGCCGUUGUUUGAGCAGCAGCUUUGUGAGAUCCAGAGCAGAGCGGAAAGUGUGAUUUAAAUCCUUCACUAAACUGUAGCGAUAACCUGCUGCCACUGAGAAAACACACAUCAUAUUUCAAAUGUAAUACUUUUGCCACCCAAAGAUAAACCACAAACAAACAACAAUAUAAGAAUAAAGGGUUUACACAAAAAUAUUGAAGACAAAGCAGAAAUGUAUGUUUCUCUGAUCAUUUGCACUCCAUAAAUUCACCUGUUAUUAUCUGAAGAUGACCCUUAACUUUUCAGCCAAUGUUGUUUGUAGACACGCUGCUGUCUUUGAAUGCUGACAAAGAUUUCAGUGGAGAAAAUAACAAGCCCCCUUAAUUUGCACAGUGAACAUUCCAGUGAAAAUGUUUCAUGUUGUUUCAACAGCUUAACAUCCCAGCCACACUGUGAUACCAGCAUAUUUUAUUUCUUGUAGAAAUAUUUUGACAGAUUUACAGAUACAUCCCGUCCCCAAAUCCCCUCCGUUUGGCUUCUGCAUCCAAGCAUUAAACCCUGUCACAUGAUGUUGAACUGAAGAGGAGACACUUGAGGCAGUCGAGUUUCUGGUGUCUGGCCUUUGCCACUAGUGGAGGUCUGAGGCACCAGCUCUCUCUGCUAAUGGGAAUAUUGGGUGACGCCUGGCUGCCGGAUAUUGCCAGUAGAGAGUAUUCAGUCACACAGGGUAGAAAUCAAGACCCUUUCCAAUACCAAGGGGGUUCCUAUCAGAUACAGUCAAGAAUAUAGCCAUUUUGGGCCAGGAUUUACUGAAUGCAACCUAGAAAAUGUUUUUGCUUUUGUUGAUUCAUUUUCUACUCUACAUGCUCCAAACUGUCUCCUUGGUCCUUCACACACAUUAAUGAGAAUCAUCCAAAUCCUAAAACUGGUCCAUUCCACAUAUGACAAUGGACGCUUAGCCCACGUUGGGAUAAUAGAAUUACAUUUCAAAUAGGUUUGUGCCUGAGUUGAUCCAUCCAUGGCUCACUCAGCUGCAGAGUGGCAAAUGGCGUGUCAUUAUCUAAGCCCGCUCGCCCCCUGUCCGGGACCAACAAGGUUCAGUAGUGCUUAAACAAACUGAAGGUUAUGACUGUCCGGCUGGCAUUGAAGGCCAGUGGGGUUUUUUAAAAGAGGGGGGGGGGGGGGGCGCCAAAUCACAGCCUCCACAGGGUCUCGGAGGGCCUCAGCACUGCAGUAUGGCGCCUGGGCUUAGAGGCCUGCAUUAAAGGGCUAGGCUGUGUUUGAUCGAGAGGAUUUGUUUUCUGUUGGAUUAUACAUGGUGGCUCCCUGACUGGCUGAGAGGGCCUGUGCAAUGUGACAGAUCUCAGCAAAUCAAAGAAAGAGGGAGAGAGAUACACAGAGGGAUUUGGGGGUCAGGGGAGCCUCAAAGCAUCAGUAAUCAGGAUAAUUGCCAUGUUCCUGGUGCUGGUGUCAGUCCCCCCCUUUGGCUUUGUGGCCUCAUAUCCAGAUUCAAGCUCUGAGGAAAUCACAUUCUUCACCUGAAGAUUUUUUAUUGGGGAAUCUUCACUUUUCUUUCUUUGAAAAAUAUUCUGAGAAGUAUUACAGAGGAAAGGAUAGAUAACAGCCCAUAUGAACGAGGACAUUUAGAUAUACAACUUAGGGGCUAUAGGCUAUCGACUGUUUUCAAGGGCAUCGAGACGCUGUCGGGACGGCCCGAGGGCAAGGUGGAGGGGUAUUGAUGUUCGCUGGUGGUAAAAAUCCCUUAGUAAAUCCCACUAAGUCCAUUUAGACCUUUGUACCAGCAACGGUCUGAUCGCAUAUUAUGGACCUAAAAUACUGGAAGCAUUCAAAGCAGGGUCAGCUCUGUCACUAUCAAAUCAGAGGAGACGGGGAGGAUAGGGAAAAUUAAGGCAGCUGCUCGCUCCGUGGAGUCUUGGCACUGCUUCUCUA